ACUUGACUUGCAACCAAGGCGUUGAACGACGCAGUGGAUUCGAUUCCUUCCUUCAAAGUCUGAAAGACGAGGGUCAAUCCGGAGAGCAGAGGAGGUUGGACUUCCCUCUUGCCUGGAAACUGCCGCUAGCUACCGGUAGUUGGAGGAGUUUGCCUUUAGUCUCUUCUUAUCUGUUGUUGGAGGCAGCGUGGAGCUCAGUUGUCCGAGGAGGGUAUCCUUGGGUAUAACAACUUCUUCUCUUUUAAUAGAGAGAUCCGUUAGUCAUCACGAUGCCUACUUUACACUCUGAUGAUACUCCCCAUAAGGAUAAUACUUCAACUAGAAAGCUCCAUGUCAAGUCUGACUCUCCAAAGGAAGAAAAGAGUGACAAGAGCGGUCGUCAUCAUGCGAGGAAUGUGGAUUUUGCCAUGGAUUACUUUGUGGCCAAUGAUCCUGCCGAGUCCAAGUUGAUUACAGAUCUCGAAGAGAAUACUGCUCUCCCGCCACCACAAAAACCACCCAUGGGACACCGCCGUGGUGCUUCGAGAAAACUACAUCACUUUGUCAAGCAGAUGAAUCGAAAGGGCCACAGUCGCCAAAAAAGCAGCACUAUGAGCAGCGGCUCGUAUGGCAGCCAUGAUAACAAUGAUCUCUUUCGAAUGGCUUCCACCACCGAAGUACCUCCCACAGAACCAGUCUACAAUUCACUAAAUCAUCAUCAGUUGCAAGAUGUCAAUGAAGACUCUGCUGUGUCCAACAGCAACACUCCUCUUCUUCCGAGUAGAUCCAGAUUAAACAGCAGGGAUAGCUCGUCUCGUCGUGCCAGCGCUGCUAGAAGACGGUCCUCCUCCAUCAAGGAGUUACAACCGGUUGCCAGCGAGUUUCUUGCCAAUUUGGCCAAUGACCUGGACGAAGAUUCCCAUGGAUUUGGGGAUUUCUUUCACAAUGGUGCCGCCGGCAGCCGGCGAAAAGAGAGUCACGGCAGCAAAAACGAGGAUCCCUUAUUGACAUCCCCCACUCAUACCGGUCACCACCGACGUCAGCGCACGACCACAGAUGCCCUCUACGAUCAUGCCAUGCAUCUAGAGCGGUUGUUUGCCACUGAACCCAAUAAUAAUUAUGGCGAGAAAGAGUGGCUGUUAGAUAAUCCAUCCAAGCAACAGGGGGGUGAAGAACAGCAAGCUGAGCCUGGUUCUCCCACCUUGUCAGACAUUACUCGGGGUGACGACGACGAGGAGGGAGGAGAUCCAGAGCGUGGGGCAGAUGUCCGACGAUCCUUGCUGGGAAGAAGACAUAAUAUUCAGCCGCCCAAUCGACUGAAAGCCGCAUUAUGGGAAUUUGUCAAUAUCCUUGGGCCAUGGGACAUUUUGGAUGGGAUUUGCUACUUUCUCUUGUACAGAGUCCUACUCAUGGUGGUUCCAUUGUUGUCUCUGUCGGCAAUUCUCUUUUAUUGGUUCCAAAAUCCCAACUUUGAUUUCAUUCCCACGGACGAUGCCCGAUUGUCGUGGGCGCUCAUUUUUGCAGCUCGAUUGGUGUUGACAUUUAGUCUGGCGGAAGCCACACAAUACACUUUGGAAGUCUUUACCACCCGCACCACCAUUAGUGUGCGUGUGGCAGGACCCUUGAUCUCAUUGGUCGCUAUGCAAUCCCUGGGGUGGCCGUGUCUAUUGGCAUCGUGGGGGACAUGGACUGCCCUCAUCAUGAGAGGGGGCGGUGAUUUUGUCAAGAAUUGGCUGUACUUUCUCCAUAUUGGCAUGUUCAGUACACACAAUUCGGACGAUGGCUUUCUGGACAGUGUCAUCUAUGGGAGAAUACUCUUGGCAAUGGUGUUUGUGGGAGUGGCUACCGCUGCAAAGAGGACGGCAGUGGCAUUGUAUCUGAGCCGGAGAAUGCUGCAAUACUACCGAAAACAACUUGGCGAUUUACUGGCAGAUAUGAAGCUCGUCAUGGAGGUUGCAGAGCUUGCGGAAGCGACAGAAAACGAAGAGUUUUCCAGACUAAUGGAAGAAGAAACCAAGUUCCACAAUAGCUUCCGCACAUCUAAUACCGGUAACGAAUCAGCAGCCAGCACUGCGCCUUUGACAUCAUUGAAGAGAGGGCAGUCGGCAGCAAAAAUGGUGCCAACGCUCUCACCGUCCUCCCCUUCCCUGGAGAAUCUCUUGAUAAGAGAGUUUAGUACCGACGAGGACGACGACGAGGACUCUGGCAGUCUACUUCUGAGCGACCACGAGCCAACCCAACGUUUCUCCCGAGGUUCCUCUCCUAUAAGCAUUCGCAGUGUGCAGCACGUGACAAAGAUGACUUCCCACGUGAGUGGAGCAGCGUCUGUGGCUACCAGUACCAGCGCAAAGGUCCCCAUUCAAUGGAAUGAGCUAAAGAAUCAGGCCAAGCCCAAACGGCGCGUCCAAAUGGAACGAACAAUGUCACCAAUUGAAUUGGCCACGUCGGCUGGAGAGAUUCAGCGGACUCAUCGUCAAAAGCAAUCAUCGAGAGGAAUUGAUACGAUGGCAACACACUUGGAUCAUUGGGAAGAACCCGAAACCAAGGGAGAAAAGAAAGCUCUUCCAUCCUUGCACGAUAUUCUACAAUUUAGAAAGGCAAUGGAUUUCUUGGAAAACCCUUAUCCUUUCUCCGUGGCCUUUGGACCGGCAAGGACGAGGCGCGAAUGCAUCAAAUCAUCGGUUCGAUGCUACAGGCGUCUACUACGUUUCGUUCCGGGUGAAUCUGUGCUUGAUUUUAACGUAAUUGGAGAUCUUUUGGCUUACGAUGAAAACAACAAUCCUCUCGAGAAGAAAGCGCUUGCCCUCGUGAACCUCUUUCUCCCAGAGAAGGACAACGUGAUUCAUCAGCUGGAGUUUGUUCGGUCCGUCGACGCUGUGUACAAAAGCCUUCGGUUUCUGAGAGCAAGUAUUAUCAAUAGCACCAAGAUCGACACUGUCCUGGAGAAUGUCUUUGAUAUGGUCUUCAAUGGAAUUUUGGCUAUCAUUGUCAUGACACUUCUUGGUUUGAAUCCCUGGCCAUUGCUCGUUUCCUUUUCAACUGUCAUGGUGUCCUUCGCGUUUUCUUUCGGUCCGUCGUGUGCAAAGUACAUUGAGGGAAUGUUGAUGAUUGCAAUUAGAAGACCAUAUGAUAUCGGAGACAGAAUCACGAUUAUCAGCGGAGAGUCGCUAACUCAACCCACACCGGACGACACUUGGUUGGUGGAGGACAUUAGUCUCUCGACUACAACGCUGCGCUUCUCGGCGUCAAACGAAAUUUCCACAAUCAACAAUGCCGCAAUUGCCAAUUCUCGUAUAGUCAAUGGAGCCCGUUCAACAAAGGCGAUUGUUACCAUCGCAAUCAAGUUCGGCCUCAGGACCACUCAUGAGCAAAUAGAUAUCUUCAGAGACAGAGUGGAGUUCUUCCUGAAAGACAGACCAGAGAUAUGGGACGGGCUUGUCCACUUUAGAAAUGAUGCUGUGGACCACAACGCCGCUUAUGUCCAGUACUUGCUCCGUGUUCAACACAAGAAAUCAUGGCAGGACAUGCCUCCUAUAAUGGUGCACAAGGGCGAGCUCGAUCGCUAUUGUACAAAAGUAGCUGUUGAUCUAAACAUCGCGUGGUUGUCGUCUCAUCACAGGAUCAGGGUCGUCGAAGUCCCACCGAUCCAGUACGCCAAGGACGAUGAUGGCGGUGUUGAUGGCAAAGUUAUCGGUACAGGCAAAGGUGAAGAGCCGUUUAUGAAAUUUAUCAAGGCCGAAGUUGGCUAGGUUCGGUAGUACCUGGUAACGUCAAUUCCAAGGCGUGCCGCUCGUCACUCUAGAUCAAAAUAGAACAUAGAUCAAACAAGCACAUGCAGAAAAGUCGAUUGAGAACGAAACUUUUAACUUGUUUAGUAGAAUUGUAUAAUAGUGUGU